CCAUUCUCCCUUACAUCCAUCUCUAUCUCCGCCCUCCAACAACGACGACCCGCCUGGAUCUCCUCCACACUUCCACCACCCCUUCAGGUCAAUUCGACCAGGAAUGCCCAACGGUCGCGGUCGUCGCAAACCCGGCAGCCUAAGAGCGUCCAAGACUGGUCAACGUCGCACAAUGUCCCACCUUAUCUCGGAUCCAUCCUCCCUCCCCCCGCGCUCAAAGACGGUUACCGUCUGCGAUGAUAGCCCUGACACCUCCGACGCUGCUUCCACCACCUCCACCAACACCACCAACAUUACCACAUCUAGUCUGCCUGCGACCUCCCCCACCCUAGGAACCGAUUCUGUCAAGAAAGCUAUGGCCCGGAAAGCAUCAUCUCCCAUGGCCCCACCGUUCAUGGUGUCCGCCCCCGGAAAGGUCAUCGUCUUUGGAGAACAUGCCGUUGUGUACGGCAAGGCAGCCAUGGCUGCUGCCAUCUCCCUCCGCUCCUACUUCCUCGUCACCACCCUGUCAAAGUCACAGCGCACCAUCACCUUAAAUUUCCGAGACAUCAAAUUCGAUCACACCUGGAACAUCGACGAGCUACCGUGGGAGCUCUUCAAACAGCCAUCCAAGAAGAAGUACUACUACGACCUGGUUACCUCCCUCGACUCCGAACUGUACGAUGCAUUGUUACCCCAUGUCGAAGACGUAUCGCCCCAUGCGCCGGAGGACUUGCGAAAAAUCCACCGUCGUUCGGCCUUGGCAUUCCUAUAUCUCUUCUGCUCCUUGGGCUCUCCUCAGAGCCACGGCGCUAUCUACACCCUGCGCUCUACAAUCCCCAUCAGCGCUGGACUCGGUAGCAGUGCUAGUAUCUGCGUCUGUAUGAGCACAGCCCUACUGCUUCAAAUCCGCACACUAGCCGGCCCUCACCCCGACCAACCCCCGGACGAGGCGGAGCUCCAAAUCGAGCGCAUCAACCGAUGGGCCUUCGUGGGCGAAAUGUGUAUGCAUGGCAACCCGAGUGGGGUGGAUAAUACAGUCUCUGCAGGCGGUAAGGCCGUCUUCUUCCGGCGCGAAGACUACACCAAGCCGCCCACGGUGGUGCCUGUGCCCAACUUCCCCGAACUGCCUCUCUGGUUGGUGGACACCCGUCAGGCCCGGUCCACAGCAGUCGAGGUCGCUAAGGUAGGCAAGCUUAAGGAGGAACACCCGUUCGUGACCGAAUCUAUGCUGGACGCAAUCGAGAAGGUAACGGUGUCCGCGAAAGACGCCAUCAGGGAUGCGGAUGGCAAAACCCUUGACCCGAAGGAACUUGAAAGCUUCGGUUCGUUGAUCCGCAUCAACCAUGGCUUGCUUGUGUCCCUAGGCGUCUCACACCCGCGACUGGAGCGAAUCCGCGAGCUGGUUGACUUUGCCGAUAUUGGCUGGACGAAGCUGACGGGUGCUGGUGGUGGUGGAUGUGCGAUUUCCCUUCUUCGCCCGGAUGCAAGUGAGGAGUCUCUACGACAGCUCGAGCAGCAGCUUACCGAGGAGAACUUUGCGAAAUACGAGACCACCCUAGGCGGUGACGGUGUCGGUGUGCUCUGGCCGGCAGUUCUGCGCAACGGCACCGACGAGGAAGGCGGCGAGGAGAUCGACCAGCAGAAGUUCGAGAACGCAGACGGCACCGAAGGAAUUGAGAGACUCGUCGGUGUCGGCGUUCACGAAAAACGCGAAGGCUGGAAGUUCUGGAGACGGGCGGUAUGAACAAGCCGUCUGUGUUUCUGCUGCAUCGAUCACGAACUCCUUUCGUCGCCACUCAUUCGUGGUAUCUUCUCAUGAGCAUUUUGCUCCCCAACGGCGGACCGAGCAUUAUAUGAUUGCAUCUUA